AUGUGUAUUCAUCUGUUCAGGCAGUACAAAUGCUGGGGCAGCGACGAGACCGCGGGCCACCGUCCGAGCUAUAUCCGCCGCUGCGCCAACCCAGACCCCAGGACCUGCUACGACUCGCGCGCGCUCCCCUGGAUGCGCGAAUACUACGACAUCUCCUGUCCCGAGUGCUCCGGCCGCUUCGUCGCCCCCAGCCAAGACCCCGUCCGAGUCACCCGCUCGAUGCAGACAAACCGGGAAGCCAACGACGCAGCCGUCGUGGCCUACGCCAAGGCCCUGUGUUUCUUCCUCCACUCCAUCCUCAGCUACCGUCAUUCCACCCCGCCCGAGAGCCUCGUGGAAAUCUACAAGGCCUUCAAGAUCGAAGUCGCCUGCCGCUUCAACAAGGACCACUUCGACCACGGCGCCUACUGCCCGUGCCAGGAGGCCAACGAGUGGCCCGAGUACAGGAACAUCUCGGCCGCCCAGCGCCGCCUGCCCGCCCGCGGUCUACUCUAUCCCCGCGAGGACCAGCCCCAUCUGCGUGGUCAGGAGAUGACCGUGGAUUGGCCCGAAGUUCCCCUGGCCGAGGAGUGUGCCGAGUAUUUCGCCAGUUUCAGGGCGCAGCCUAGUCCGGGGGAAUUGAACCCCCUCCUCGACGGCACCCCCGUGCUGCCGUUUUACUACAAUCGAGCGGGGCGGACCGCGCCCCUGUUUAGGGCGCUUAUCGACAGGGUCCACGAAGCCUUCGAAUAUUACACGGACGACCGGGGCUGGAGUGACCAAUAUCUCGCCACCCAUGGGUCUCCCGAGGGCGAGGAAGCUCAACAGUGGGCGCUGAACGUCCUGGAAAUCCGGCGUACCUUGCUGUUCUGCGUGGCUCAUUUCAUCGCCAACGACAACGGUCUGACAGAGAGCCGUGCGCACGAAGUUUUCGACCUGUUCUUCAACCUCUCCCGCAUCGGCGACGACUGGGUCGCCGGCGACAUCCACGAGGAGGUCGUCGCCGACAUCACCCGCCUAUCCGACCCGGACGAGUGGGACCCGCAGCUGACCGUCUUCGAACUGGCGCAAGCGAGUCUCGUACAGCCCUACUCGCUUGUCUUUCUCAGAGACGGCAUCUUCCUCGAGUUGGAGUAUCAUCUCUGGCGCAGCGCCGAGAUGCGCAUCAGCGACGAGCAUAGCCGCGAGGAGGCCGUCGAGCAGAGUCUGGGCGCCUACGUGACGCAGGAGGAGUACGAUGCCCUCGACGAGACGGAUCGGCGCUGCUUCAUCUGCUACAUGCCCAUGAGCGUCAAGGGGGCCACCACGGGCCCGCCUGCCAAUGACGACGAGGCCUUUGCGUUGGGUCACGACGCCACGCGGAUUACGUGCCGGGUGGGCCACGUCGUGGGGAAGAAGUGCUUCAUGGAGUAUUGGCGCACCCGCCGGCUGGUCGAGGGGGCGGACCGUGUUCUGUGUGACUUGUGUGGUCGCCAGCCGCUCCAUCGUACCCCUGCCAGGUUUCUCGCUUACGACCUGACCCUGGACGAGGUCAUGAUGGGGGAGUAUAAUCGUCCUUUGUCCUGGCAGUCCAGGGCCCCGAGGCAGUGGUUGAACUAUGGCUGA